AUGGCUAUCUUUUCCGAUUUGGUGAAAAAAUGUAUUGGAGUGUUCAUGGAUGAUUUCUCAGUUUUUGGGGUCUCAUUUGAUGAAUGCUUGAGCAACUUGGGGAUGAAAGGGACUGAGGUUGACAAGGUCAAAAUCAAAAUGAUCGAAAGGUUACCUCUACCAACUUCAGUAAAAGGUGUACGAAUCUUCUUGGGACAUGCCGAAUUUCAUAGGAGGUUUAUCAAGUAUUUUUCAAAGAUUACAAAACCAUUCUGCUUUUUACUUGAGAAGAACACUCCAUUUGACUUUUCUCAAGAAUCUUGUGUUUUCGAGCUUGUGUGUGACGCGAAUGACUACGUCAAUGGAGCAGUUUUAGGACAACUGACAGAUAAAAUUUUGUAUGUCAUCUACUAUGCUAGCCAGAACUUAACUGAUGCUCAAUUGAAUUAUGCUACUAUUGAAAAAGAGAUGUCCCACAGUGAAAGGAACCGAAAUUGUUGUAUCCGAUCAUUUUCUAGGCUUAAGCAAGCAGAGAAACUGGUAGAUAAUGAUGAAAUAAAUGAGGAUCAAGUUAUUCGGAGAUGUGUGCCAAAAGAUGAAAUGGAGCAAAUACUUGAACAUCGUCAUUCAUCUUCCUAUGGUUGUCACUUUGGUGCCAUGAAAACCACAUCAAAGGUGUCAAAGUGGUUAGAAACGAUGGCUUUGCCCACUAAUGAUGCUCAGGUGGUGAUAAACAUUUUAACGAAAAAUAUUUUCUCUCGCUAUGGCACCCUCGAGUUAUCAUUAGAGAUGGAGCAUCGUGUGGCCAUCCCUUAUCAUCCCCAAACUAGUGGCCAAGCUGAGAUAUCAAACAGGGAGUUGAAGACAAUUCUAGAGUUAACUCUCCGCUCAAGAUGGUUGGGUCCUUUCACCAUCGCUAAAAUCUUUCAACAUGAGGCGGUUGAACGGUUGAAAGAGAAGUCAUACUAUGGAGGUGAUUUUUCGAAAGAGAAGUCAUCCAUUCUUCUUGCCAACUCGGAGUUAAAAAGUCCUAGCCACCCAUGGAUCUCAACAAGUUUGAGGGUGCAUUUUAUAAUCUUACUCGGCGACGAGCAAGAACUUAAGUUUGGGAGUAAUUGA